UGCAGGAAGCAUAAAUCCAAGGCGUCUGGAAGGAAUUAGACGCUGAAUAAGUAGUAAAAACAGCGUGGUUCGGCAGUUCAUGACUUUAACCUGUAUUACUUACAGCUCUUCUCACCAACAUUGACUACUGUUUAAUGACAAUUUUUAUUUUUUGUUUAUUUUUGUUUAUAAAUUAAUUGCAUAAAUGACACGUAUGCCAAAGUUGACUAACAAGAUGAUUAUACUUAUUUGUAUACAUCUAAAAUGUAUACAUUAUAUAAUUAAUGUAUGCAGAGAGAGAAGUUAAAAGAAGAAGAAAUACAAGACUUGAAUGAAUGAAUGUUUUCAACCGUUCAAAGCAAGGAGACUUGGAAAAAUGCACCAACUUUUUUCUUUAUGAAGAACAUUUUAAGCUUCAUGAGUGUUUCUGCAAAGGUGACACAAGAAGAGACGUCGCUGAGAAGUUUUCUCCAAGUUGAACGCUGCAAACGGAGCCUAUGCUGACUGCAUCUUUUUAAAGAAACCGCACAGGCACUCGCAGCUGCUUCAAGAUGAGAUGUGACAAAGCUCUCACCUACCUAAGAUUUAUCGGGACGACAAUGUUUGGAGUCUCGCUACUCGUGGGGAUCUCUACCGCCUACAUCAUGGGCUACCAGUUUUUCACCACGGCACGAAACCACUUGUCCUUCGGGCUGUACGGGGCCAUCCUGGUCAUCCACCUCCUCAUCCAGAGUCUGUUCGCUCUCCUAGAACACCGGAACAUGAGGAGAUCCCUGGAGACGCCCAUCAAACUCACCAAAUCACUGGCCCUGUGCAUCGCAGCCUAUCAGGAGGACCCGGCGUACCUGAGGAAGUGCUUGGUAUCCGUCAAGAGGUUGACCUACCCGGGCAUCAAGGUCGUCAUGGUGAUUGACGGGAAUAACGAGGACGACAACUACAUGAUGGAGAUCUUCCGGGAGAUCAUGGGCAGGGAUAAAGCCGCCACUUACGUCUGGAAAAACAACUACCACCACCGGGGACCUGAGGAGACGGACGAGACGUACGCUGAGAGCCUGCAGGCCGUCUUGCGCCUGGUGCUCAAUAAUAAGUGUGUCUGCAUCAUGCAGAAGUGGGGAGGCAAGAGGGAAGUCAUGUACACAGCCUUCAAAGCCCUGGGGAGGAGUGUGCACUAUGUUCAGGUGUGUGACUCUGACACUAUGCUGGAUCCCGCAUCAUCUGUGGAGAUGGUGAAGGUUCUGGAGGAAGACCCCAUGGUGGGAGGAGUAGGGGGAGAUGUGCAGAUCCUGAACAAAUACGAGUCCUGGAUCUCGUUUCUGAGCAGCGUCCGUUACUGGGUGGCUUUCAACAUCGAGCGAGCGUGUCAGUCCUACUUCGGCUGCGUCCAGUGCAUCAGCGGACCACUGGGAAUGUACAGGAACAACCUGCUCCACGAGUUCCUGGAGGAUUGGUACAACCAGACCUUCAUGGGCAGCCACUGUAGCUUCGGCGACGACCGCCACCUCACCAACCGUGUACUGAGCCUGGGCUACGCCACCAAGUACACGGCCCGGUCCAAGUGCCUGACCGAGACCCCCAUCACCUACUUGCGCUGGCUGAACCAGCAGACCCGCUGGAGUAAGUCCUACUUCAGAGAGUGGCUCUACAACGCCAUGUGGUUCCACAAGCACCACCUCUGGAUGACCUACGAGGCUGUCAUCACCGGAUUCUUCCCCUUCUUCCUCAUCGCCACGUCGAUACAGCUGUUCUACCAGGGAAGGAUCUGGAACAUCCUCCUCUUCCUGUUGAUCGUGCAGGCUGUCGCCCUCAUCAAGUCCUCCUUCGCCUCCUGCCUGAGGGGCAACAUCGUAAUGGUCUUCAUGUCCUUCUACUCAGUGUUGUACAUGUCCAGUCUGCUACCGGCCAAGAUGUUCGCUAUCGCCACCAUAAACAAGGCCGGCUGGGGCACGUCGGGGAGGAAGACGAUCGUGACUAACUUCAUAGGGCUCGUUCCCAUAUCGGUCUGGUUCACCAUCCUCUUCCUUGGCGUUAUCUAUUCGGUCGUCCAGGAAACCAGAAAACAUUUUCCAGAGUCUGAAAAGAAAAUCUUAAUCGUUGGUGCGAUAGUGUACGCCAGCUACUGGGUCAUGCUCUUAACGUUGUACACAGUAUUGAUCACUAAAUGUGGCAAGAGGAAGAAAGAACAGCAGUAUGAUAUGGUGCUGGACGUAUGACACCUCCCUCCUUUCCACCUCCUCCUCCCCCUGAAACUCCUUGGUCUGCGUCUCAAACGGCACCCUAUUUCCUGUAUAGUGCACUACU